GUCAGGGGUUGUUGUGAUUUGGAUGUGCACCAAUCGCAGCAGUGUUGUGACUGUUUCACAAGCGGUAGCAUCACAGAUUUUUGACGUGCAGUUUAAUUAGAGGUGUAGAGGUUGGGCCACAGGGGUAUAGGCGCAGGACACAGAGGACACUGUAGCUGACAUGUUCUUUCUCCAAGCCAUGUGAGGCGUGAGCCGACGUGAACGCAGAGGCGAGCGCAUCGCUGAAUCCAUGGAUACGGCCACCGACGAGCCUGCAGACAACUCGAUGCUGAUUCGUGCGGCGGCCGACUCCGCCACCCAGCUCAUCGUGGGGCGCGGGCCGCCCACUUCCACCGACGGGGACGACUCCGAGGAUCCGCUCGUCGAGAUGGCGCGCCUGGACCCCGUCAUGGCCACGAGCUUCGUCAAGAGCGCCAUGCUCAUGGGCGGGCUCAGCAGCGGCCUGGUCGCGGUGGUCUCUGGGGCGCUCCUCGCAGCGUGCUGGUCCUCUUGGGCCCUGUGCGAGCGACCCCUGCGCUGGUGGCUGCUCGUGAACUGCCUGCUGCAGCUCGUCCAGGUAAGCCCUUGGGUCGUUCGCUUGCUAAUGAGGGUCAGCCUUGUGAGGAGCAGAAACAGGUAAGCUCGAUUCCUUGAAGUUGCCGUGCUCAGGGCCGUGCCUGUCUCAACACAUGUCUCUCCCGUGGUUGAGCUCCUUUGGGAACACGACCCCCUGGCUAGUGUUCCUCUCAGCAAGUCUCCAGCUACCUCCAGCAAUUCCGCCCCCGUGCCAGCGCAGCAUUCUGGGUGGCAGCUACUUGCCUGCUGGGGGCUCUUGG